GUCAUCUCAACAGGGAAGUAGGCAGCACUUACAAAUUCACGUCUCCGGGCUUGGCUUCCGUCGCAGGGAGGGAGUUUGCAGAAAGCCUGCGUCCCGUCUCCGGGUCGGUUCAGGAUUUAAUAGCCAGGUUGUCAUCUUCUUAACAAACCUGUAAAUCGCCACCGUCUCCAAAAACACGGACCCGGUCACCAGGAAGUGCCCUCAGACUCAGCCACACCUGAGAAAAUGACGCUUCCCCUCUCUCGUUCGGAGGUGUUCGGCGAGCUGCGCCAGGAGCUCUACGACGAUGAAAAGUUCCACCAGUCCGAUGUGCACAUCUUCAUCAUCAUGGGAGCGUCGGGGGAUCUGGCAAAGAAAAAGAUCUACCCAACUUUGUGGUGGUUGUUUAGAGAUGGCCUCCUCCCUGAGGAGACAUACUUUGUCGGCUUCGCUCGCUCCGACCUCACAGUGGAUGCCAUCCGAACUGCUUGCAUGCCAUUCAUGAAGGUGACGGAGAUGGAAGCAGAGCGGUUGUCUGCUUUCUUCGCCAGAAACUCUUACAUCAGCGGGAAAUAUGCAGAAGACGCUUCUUUCUCCAAACUCAAUGCACACAUGCUGGCUCUGCCGGGAGGACCAGAGGCUAACCGGCUGUUUUACCUGGCUCUGCCGCCGACAGUCUACCACGAUGUCACCAAGAACAUCAAGCAGCACUGCAUGAGCACAAAGGGCUGGAACAGAGUGAUUGUUGAGAAACCUUUUGGACACGACCUCCAGAGCUCAGAGGAGCUGUCCACACACCUCUCCUCCCUCUUCAGUGAGGAUCAGAUCUACCGUAUCGAUCACUAUCUGGGCAAAGAAAUGGUGCAGAACCUCAUGGUGCUCAGGUUUGGGAACCGAAUCUUUGGGCCGAUCUGGAACAGAGACAGUGUCGCCUGCGUUGUUCUCACCUUUAAAGAACCAUUCGGCACUCAGGGGCGAGGAGGAUACUUCGACGAUUUUGGCAUCAUUCGAGAUGUCAUGCAGAACCACCUGCUCCAGAUGCUCUGCUUGGUUGCCAUGGAGAAACCAGCCUCCACCAGCUCCGACGAUGUCAGGGAUGAAAAGGUGAAGGUGCUGAAGUGUAUUACUCCAGUUUCCAUGUCGGAUGUGGUUUUGGGUCAGUAUGUGGGGAAUCCUGAGGGUGAAGGAGACGCUAAGCUGGGUUACCUCGACGAUCCCACUGUACCGAAAGGAUCGACUCAGGCCACCUUUGCCACGGCUGUGCUCUAUGUGCACAACGAACGCUGGGAUGGCGUCCCGUUCAUCCUGCGCUGCGGGAAAGCUCUGAACGAGAGAAAAGCCGAGGUGCGGCUGCAGUUCACAGAUGUCCCAGGAGACAUUUUUGACAACAAGUGUCAGAGGAACGAGCUGGUGGUGCGAGUGCAACCCAACGAGGCGAUUUAUGCCAAGAUGAUGAGCAAGAAACCCGGAGUUUACUUCAGCCCUGAGGAAACGGAGCUGGACCUCACCUACAAGAGCAGAUACAAGGAUGUGAAACUCCCAGACGCUUACGAGCGACUCAUCCUUGACGUGUUCUGUGGGAGCCAAAUGCACUUUGUACGCAGUGAUGAACUGAGAGAAGCAUGGCGGAUCUUCACCCCUAUUCUCCAUCAGAUAGAUAAAGAAAAGCCAAAGCCGAUUCCUUAUAAAUAUGGAAGUCGUGGCCCCUCAGAAGCAGAUGACCUAGUUAAGAGAGUUGGAUUUCGUUAUGAAGGCACUUACAAAUGGGUCAACCCUCACAAACUUUGAAUAGUAACGAGAUGCAGGCGUAGGGACGAGCAGAGGUAGAGUAGGAGGGGUGCAGCAGAAAAAGUGAGCUAUCCAGAAGAGCAAGAAACAAAUUCAAAACAUUUAAUGUCCUCAGGUAUUAUGAAUUAAGUGCAAGUGCCCAAGCAGUCAUUGAUACUUAAUAAUUAUUUUUUUUGAUACUGAAAAAAUGUCUUACUUUAUGGCGAGACCAACUUAGAUCUAAUUGACAAAAGCAAUGAAGCUGAAUUUAAGUUUCCAAUCAUGACUUGGUAAAAGGAACAAGCGAACAUCGGCUGAUGGCAGAACAACAUGUGGACACCAGCUGUUGAGUCUUACACUUUUUUUUUAUUUCUAACUUCUGAUUGUAAUGCUGUUAAACUUGCUCUGCAUUGGUAGUAACAUAUAUAAGAUUAUUGUUUUGCUUCCCCUGUUUGGGACCAAAGACAUAGAAAUACAUAAAUUAUCACAAGCCUUUACGUUUUGUACAGAACAAGCUAUACAAGCUGGGCCUGCAUUCGCCCAACUCAAAGCUUCAUUCCAUUUUGUGUUUACAUUUUUUGUUUUUCAUUUAUUGAUUCUAUAUUUUGACACAUCCAGGCAGCAGGUUUUUUGGCUACAAAUCGGCUGGAUGUAAUAUUGAAUGCUGCUGCUCUCUUUAUGUAACGGUAGCGAUACUUCCAUUUCUAUUAAUAAACUGGUUUUGCUUCUCUA